CCUAUAUCAGCAAAACGUGCGUUUUGACCACAGCCAACCAAAAUUGAUAGUUUUCACAACUCCCAAAAGAUCAAAAUCAGACAUUACAAAACAACACAAACAUUUCGUCUUCACACCAUUUGUUUGAGCCAAAAUCAAUAUGGGCCUAUCCCCAAGAUCUCUCUUCUUCUUCUUCCUCUUCAUUCUCUUCAUUGAUUCUGUCACUUGUUCAUCAUGUCCCAUUGAUUUCAGUUAUGUCCAAACAUUCCCAUGGGACUCAUCACCGUGCCAAGACCCAACUGACAAAAGCUGUUGCCAAACACUCCUCAGCCUCUUUGGUAUUGGACUAGCCCAAUACCUCAAACAAACAUCCAUGUUCUACUUCCCAAACGAAACUUCCUCAUCUUCUUGCCUAUCCGAUUUCCAAACCAAGCUCCAAUCCUUGUCAUUUCCACGGUCCUUAGUCUCUGAAUGCCUAGGCAAUUCAACUGAGUUCGUCGUCAACCCAUCGUUCUGUGCUGGAAUCGCCACAACCCAAGAUUGGAUAAAAAAAGUCGGUCCAACGAGCCUUCUAGACUCAUCCUGUAAUGGGGAUAUGACAGGGCUGACCCGGUGUGGCUUGUGCGUCGAAGCUGGCUUCAGAGUUUCUGCUCAAUUGGCUUCUCUAGACAAGAAUUCCACAAAAUGCUUUUACUAUGCUGUUUUUUAUGCUGCUGGGAUUGUCAAUGAGUUUGGCCCUGAAGAUCCCAGAACUGCUGUUUGCAUAUUAGGCUUGACCUUGGAUAGUUCAGCAACCAACAAGUCAAAAAAUUUCAGCAAAGAAAGCUUGUACAAAUGGGUUUUCGGGUCUUUGGGCGCUUUGGUUGGUGUUUUGAUGACCACGGGACUAAUCAUCGUGUACAAGAAGUGGCACAAGAAGAACCAGCAGAAGGAAUUGCACGAAGAAUACGUGACGGGUGUGAAGGCUCGAGUUCUACCCAACACCGGCGCUAAAUGGUUUAGUCUGGCCGAGCUUGAACAAGCCACAAGCGGGUUUCCACAGAGGAACAUGAUCGGCCAAGGCGGGUAUGGAGUUGUUUUCAAAGGAAUCCUCUCAGACGGGACAGUAGUCGCGGUGAAACAAAUUCUCGACAUAGACUCAAAAGGAGACGAAGAGUUUGUCAACGAGGUAGGGAUUAUAAGCAACAUAAGGCACAGAAAUCUCCUCUCUCUUAGAGGUUGUUGUGUAACAAGUGACCAAUUAAGAGGCAAAAGAAGGUACUUAGUUUACGAUUUCAUGCCAAAUGGUAGCCUCGACGACCACCUUUUCAAAAUUGAAUCCAACAAGAAGCGCUUAAGCUGGCCACAGCGCAAGAACAUAAUUCUUGACGUGGCCAAAGGGCUAGCCUAUUUACACCACGGGAUCAAACCCGCCAUAUAUCACAGAGACAUAAAAGCCACAAACAUUCUUUUGGACUCGGAAAUGAAAGCUAGAGUUGCAGAUUUCGGGUUAGCCAAACAAAGCACAGAAGGGCAGUCCCACCUCACCACACGAGUGGCUGGCACGUACGGUUAUUUAGCACCCGAAUACGCCCUUUACGGGCAACUAACUGAAAAGAGCGAUGUUUACAGCUUUGGGAUUGUAAUUCUCGAGACAAUGAGUGGGAGGAAAGUGCUCGACACAACGAAUGCAACUAAUGCAUCGACAAUUCUGAUCACGGAUUGGGCAUGGACGAUGGUGAAGUCGGGGGAUGCGAAGGGGGUUUUCGAUGAGGGGAUAAGAGAGGAAGGGCCUAGGGGGGUGAUGGAGAGGUUUGUGCUUGUUGGGAUUUUGUGUGCUCAUGUGAUGGUGGCUUUGAGGCCUACCAUUGCUGAUGCUCUGAAGAUGUUGGAAGGAGAUAUUGAUAUUCCCAGACUGCCUGAUAGGCCUUUGCCUCUUAGUCAUGAGUCUUUUCGAUCUUCUUUGCUCUUUAGUGCAUCCAUAAGUGAGAGAUCCAAAGGCAGCUCCAGCAUUAGCAGCAUGUAAAGAUUGUUACACUCUUUUCUUUCUUUCUUUUUUUGAAAGUCAGAAAUUUGAUAGUGAGAGAUCCAGAGGCAGCUCCAGAAUUAGCAGCAUGUAAAGAUUACUAUACUUUUUUUCUCUUUUUGUUUUUUUAAAGUUAGACAUUUUUGUAAUGCGACUUAUGAAUUAACAAAAACAAAGGAAUUGGAGGUUGUGGUAUCAAA